AUGGUCGCUGAUGACUUAUCGAAUAUAGAGACACAGCUACGACAGGUUCGUGAGAAAUAUCGUGAGCAAGCACACUCGCUCUCGCCAAGCGAUGCAGAAUCAUGGUCAACCUUGGCAUCAAAUUUGCAGAAAGUCGUCACAGAAAUGGAUCAGCUUUUGCAGCGGAACUCUAAACAGAUGAACGUAUCCUUCCUAUUGAACCACGAGUCAUCAUCGCUUCAGGCUGGAAUACAGCCACCGCAACCGCUUCUACAGAACCUAUACCAAAAGAACGGGAACGACGAACAGCAGAACCAUCUCAAAGUCAAACUCGAUAGAACUGCGUUCUAUUCGGAAAAUUCCCCCUUCCAACAUCAAAUGGAUCGGUCUGGUUCAUUCAGACUCUGUCCACCUUUAGCACAUACAAGUGCAGAAGAUUACUUCCGCAACGAUACGCAAACCCCAAUUAUGAUCUCAGAUGGCCAGAUCCUGGAGAACUUGGCCAAUCUUAAACGUCUCACUGAGAUGCAACGCCAAUAG